AUUCUAAGUUUCUCCUCGCGCGGCCUCCAUUCCAGAAACUGGGAAAAGCGGGGACACCUUUGUUCUUAUGACUCUAUUGCGGUCCUAGAUGGCGAAUGUUUCAAUCAUUCCUUUAAGAUUCCGAUUGGGCUCAUGAUGCUCGUACGCCGAAGAAGCCCUCUCGCUAGAUAGAAGAAUCGUCUGAUCACUUGUAUCCAUGAUUCGGCUGAAUCAUAUGCAAAGGUGCUUUAUCUCUUACGAGCUCGACCUUGAGGAUCGAAGCUCCACUCAUCGGGUGCUAAAACCUACCACCCCGGGUACGAGAUAUUUCCCACCGCUGUGAAAGAGUACGUUUGGCAGAUCUGGACUCCGGACUUGCUCUUUGUCCAGUUUGAGAUCAACCGGCGGCAAUCAUUCAGAAUCAUUUUCUUGCAAGCAAUCAUUCCCUCUGUCUGGAGCUGUACACUGUCAACUGGAUUACUGGAGUGCUAUAAUAAUUUAAGAUAAGUCUCGUGAUGAGGACGUGGCAUUUUGACACUCUUCUCCACUUCUUCCUCUACAACGAACACGAUCUCCGUUCGAGAUGAGGUGGUGAGAAAUGAGGGAGUGAAAAUUCUGACUUCCCCGUCAGGCGAGGACUGGAUCGAGAAAAGCAAUGAAGCGCAAGGAAUUAAAAGUGCUCAGCAGUGUAUCGGUCGGCAAAUGAGAUGAAAUUACAGACAUAGCGUGCAGGAGGGGCACACUGUGGCAAGCCAACGGAGAGCCCCGAACAAAAUGCUUGCAGUGCGUAAAGUUCCUCCAGUGGGAUCAGGGAGCAAUCAUGCCUCUCCUCUGUACAGAUAUCGGAGUCAUAAAGACCUGGUGCGAUGCAACUUGCAAUUCGGCACCGCGGUUCCUCAGAUGAUGGUGACUCGCAUCUCGAUAUCACUUUCUCCCCCUCCUCGUCACGCCUUUUUUAAAGUUCCAAGUGCAACCGCAGCAUCCGUCUCUCCAGAGGAAAAAACAGAAUCGAGGGUCGUGAGCAGAGAAGACGAUUCGGGUGAAAGUGGGAGCCGAAUUUUUCUACUGCAUGGGGCACUUUACGCGGGAAGGAAAGAUGAAAGAAGGGCAGGCGACGUUGACUGGCCGAAGGAAAGAUUGCCGGAGAACGAAAAGGGGCCCUCGCCAUAGAGGGACCGCUCACCAGGCCCAGUAGAAGAAUAGCAUCGCAGGGGCAGUGUAAUCAAGGAGCGCAGCCGCAUUCAUCACAGCAAGCGCGUGAGUGUUCCGCAGCGCCAAUCGCCUCCGAAUGCAUCUUAUAAUAAGAAACAAAUGGUGCCAGCGAGACUGAUACUCCCCGUCCAGAUCGCCGCAGUUAUGAAGCGCGAAGCGGAAGUCAAGUGAUGGCCGCAUCGUGGUGAUUGCUUGGCGAUCGGAUCGGCCUCUGGAUUUCUGGUGCCAAAUCUCUAUUUCCGAUCCAUUUGGCUGGGCAACCUUUCGCCGGAUUCCGUCGCCCUAGGGAUCCUCUCGGAUUUGCCUUUGGCUCUAGUGCUAAAGCUGGCUUUUACUCCCUCUGCCACCGAGAGCCGAAUGUUUGGUGAGAAUGUCUUUGCGCCUGAACUUUACCACGUUGCAACUUGGCCCAGCCUAAUCCACAUCCAUGUUCCAUUUCCCUUGAUUCGAACACAUUGCCUUACAAAUCACGUCCCAACAUUGACACAUUAUCAAUCAAUGCACACUUUUCUGCC